AUGACUUACAUCCCCAACGCAUACUUGGUCAGCUCGCCGCCCGUGCCUAUGGAGCCCCUGAAUACUUUAAGCGUGAACGAUGGCGAGCUCGCCGAGAAGGAACGUGUCAAGCCGCCAGGUCUCAUCCUCUACAAGUCUUUCGAUGAUGGCAAUGGCGCUAUCGGCUUGACUGGAACAGCUUGCGAUGGUUACGUUAUUGGCGGCGAUCCCGAGGGCGCGGAUGACAAAGUUAUCCAGCACAACGGCGGUGGCACCAGCGUCUUCUACGUCGAGUACUUUGGCAAAUUGUAUAGGCCAUAA